UACAAUGACAAAGUUCGAAAUUGGGUUAAUCGUUUAUCAGAUAUAUACUACAUUUCCCACAUUGCAUUGCUGCGCAGCCGCUACUUGUCACCGCUGUCGCUCCCCGCCUGUGCGUCCGCGGUGAAUUGGUCCAGCAUCCCCUCGCCGGCUAUGGAGCAAACACAAAUGUAAAAACCAAUUCACGCCUUUUUUCACGCGAAAAGAUGUAAUUGCGGGGCAAGUUUUCGGCGCGCGGCCGCUGGCAGUGACGCAUGGGAAACAUGGCAGACUGGAUUUUGUGCUCUGUGGAGGACGGACCGAUGCGCUGAGACAAAUAAUGCGGAGUAUUUCCCCACAAAGGUGUUAACGCAGAAUUUCAAGAUGAAGAAGCAAUUCAACCGGAUGCGACAGCUCGCCAACCAAACGGUUGGAAGGGCAGAGAAAACAGAGGUGCUGAGUGAAGAUCUUCUUCAGGUGGAGAAGCGUUUGGAUCUGGUCAAACAGGUGACUCACAGCACCCACAAGAAGCUCACCGCCUGCCUGCAGGGUCAGCAGGGGACUGACACUGAAAAGAGAUCUGUCAAGUCACCUUCGAAAAAACUGCCGCUCACAAUGUUGGCACAGUGCAUGGAGGAGGGAGCAGCAGUGUUGGGGGAUGACUCUCUCCUGGGAAAGAUGCUGAAGCUGUGCGGGGAGACGGAGGAAAAGCUGGCUCAGGAGCUCCUUCAGUUUGAGGUGCAGAUCGAAAGAGAUGUGGUGGAGCCUCUUUAUGUGCUUGCUGAGGUUGACAUCCCCAAUAUCCAAAAGCAGAGAAAACACUUGGCCAAACUUGUCUUAGACAUGGACUCGGCUCGGACAAGAUAUCAACAGUCAUCUAAGUCGUCCAGUCACCCAAGCACCUUACAGCCUGGUGCCAAGUCGGAGUCGCUAAGGGAGGAGAUGGAGGAGGCAGCAAAUCGGAUGGAGAUUUGUAGAGAUCAGUUGUCGGCAGAUAUGUACAACUUUGUGGCCAAAGAAAUAGACUAUGCAAACUACUUCCAGACGUUGAUAGAAAUGCAGGCGGAAUAUCACAGGAAGUCAUUAGAAAUUCUUCACGGUGUCUUGCCGCAGAUUAAGGCUCACCAAGAAGCGUGGGUGGAAAAGCCAUCAUUUGGCAAAUCUUUGGAGGAACACCUGAAUAUUAGUGGGAGAGAGAUCGCCUUUCCCAUCGAAGCUUGUGUCACCAUGUUGUUAGAGUGUGGCAUGCAGGAGGAGGGUCUGUUCAGAGUGGCCCCGUCGGCCUCCAAGUUGAAGAAACUAAAAGCCUCCCUGGAUUGUGGAGUUAUUGACGUGCAGGAGUACUCCUCCGACCCACAUGCCAUCGCAGGGGCUCUGAAAUCAUACCUCCGUGAGCUCCCCGAGCCGUUGAUGACCACUGAACUUUAUGAUGAAUGGAUUCAGGCCUCCAAUAUUCAAGAUAUGGACAAGAGACUACAAGCACUUAUGGGAGUGUGUGAAAAGCUUCCUACAGACAACCUGAACAAUUUCAGAUACCUAAUCAAAUUUCUAGCCAAGCUGGGUGAUUAUCAAGACUCCAAUAAGAUGACACCUGGGAACAUGGCCAUCGUCCUUGGACCUAACCUGUUGUGGACGCACACAGAGCCGAACAUAACAGAGAUGAUGACCACCGUCUCGCUGCAGAUUGUUGGCAUUGUAGAGCCUAUCAUUCAGCAUGCAGACUGGUUCUUUCCAGGAGAAAUUGAAUUCAACUUGACUGGCUGCUACGGGAGCCCGAUCCACACCAACCACAACUCCAACUACAGCUCCAUGCCGUCACCAGACAUGGACCAGUCUGACCGCAAACAGCAGCACGACCAGAGUCGUCGCCCGCUGAGCGUCGCCACUGACAACAUGAUGCUGGAGUUUUACAAGAAAGAUGGCAUUAGGAAGAUACAAAGUAUGGGCGUCAGAGUUAUGGAUACCACAUGGGUGUCUCGCAAAGGUUCGUCCACGCUGACACGCAAGCCCUCCUCCACCCCUCCAGGCAUGCAGGGGCCUGGAUCUCCGGCAGACACGCUCAUUCCGGAGCAACCUGGAGAACUCAGCAUUUCUCCGUCCGCCACACCUCCACCUGCAGAAAGGCUCUGUACACUGAAGAGUAAGGAGCUUUCACCUGUAAUUGGACACAAACCCAUCCAGGUUCCAGGUCCUGUAGUCCCUCCCAGCUGUAGUCCACAGAGCAGCAGUCAAUCCCCCCACUCUACAGAGCACAGUCCACAUAGUCUGCGCAAAGGUUCCAAGAAAUUGGCUCCUGCGCCACCCAAGGUCCCAUACGGGCAGCCUGGAGGAAUGUCCGACCAGUCCACCAGUCAGCCAUCACCUGUUAGCCUUUCUCCAACACCUCCUAGCACACCCUCCCCUUAUGGACUGGUCUGUCCACCAGGGCAAGUACCCCCCUCCUCCCCUGGGCAGACUCCACUCGGGGCCCCUCACUCGCUUUCGUCUCCGCCCUCUUUAACUGGAACGCUCACCAAGUCGCGGCCAGCCCCAAAGCCCCGGCAAAGACCCAGCUUACCCCCUCCUCAGCCGCCCACGGUUCCCCCGGGGAUGCCCGGCAUGGCCACAGCAGGAGUUCCCCAGCCGCUGGAGCAGGGCCUUCUGGAUGGACUUUCACCUGGAGAGAGCAUGUCUACAGAUAUCUUCAAUUAUGAAAUCCCCUCCAUCAAUGUCAAUCUGGACAGCCUCAUCGAUGAGUUCAGCGGCGCCCCCUGCAGGAGGUCCCUGGCAGUGACAGACUCUCCAGAGGGGGAUGCUGUGGCUGAGGAGGAGCCCCAGAGCACCAUCCUAUGACCUAUGACCCCGAGGCAUCAUUUACCAGCAACACCCUCCCUCCCCUUCUACACACACAUACACCUCCUUCAUGGCUAUACAUGCUCCUCUCCUGUUGCUGCCAAGGUGUAACGGAAACACCAGUGGCUCACACGAAAACAGAACCCGAGCCCUCUCCCACAUCUGCUACCGGCUGCAAAGAAGCUCACCUUUUACAACAGCUCGCUAUAACAUUCAUGUGACUCCAAAACACCAAAAUGCCAUAGUGGAGGAACAGUUGCCUUUAAGAAGAAAGACUGGAAUAUAGAUAAGUAUUACAUUGCAAAUGUGUAUUUUUUAAAACUGCUUUUGUUUUGUGUUUUCUAUCAUUUUUUUUUGCCUUAUUAGAAACACAUCGUAAAAGUUCUGACAUUGUUCGGCACAAAGCCCAUUCUCAGGCGCAGCCUGGUUUUAUUGCUCACAGGGUAUUGAAGCUUUCUGCACAGUAAAAAAAAAUGCUUAGACAUCAAAAUACAAGCUUUGCAUGCAGAAUUACAAAUGUUGUUGUAACCUGUUAUAUUUAUUUUCCUUUUUUUUAAAACAUCAAACAUUUCACUUUGUAUAGAUCUGCUAACUCUCUACUGUACCUGCACAGAGGAUAAGAAUGUUACUGUAAAUCAUGCUUCUGUUGAAGAAAAAAACAAAACAUUUUUUUUAUAUUUUUAUUUUUUGCAUGCUUUUGCUUCAAGGCCUCAGAUUAGCAGUACUUUUGUUGUUUUUCCCCCCGCCCUGAGAGCAAACCCAUCUCUGUUUCUGUCAGAAAUCUCUGAUAAUGAAUGGAUGACUACACUGACCUUCUGUUUGUGUGAUAUUUGUUUUUCUCUUAACUUAAUUUCAAGUGCUUCAGGUUAUAUUCAGCCCAAAAUGUAAAUACAACAACUGUACAUUUACCGAUGUAUAUAAAGUUGAGAGGAAACGUUUAUGUGAAAUGCAUAUCUUGAGAAUAUAAUAAUUAUAAUAUAUGUGCUGAUAUUUAUUGUGUAGAAAGUGUAAUGAUAAAAAAAAACUCAGUGUUAUUUUUGUCCCUGCACACAACAGAUGUACUGUAGAUUCAUAAUUUUUUACUUUAACACCAGGUUACUACAAUGCUGCAGCAGAGAAGCAGAGAAUUCUGUCUGCCAGAAAUCAGCUAAGGUCUUUUUCAUUUCGUGUCCUGAGCUUUGAGGUUCAGGCACACAGGAGUUUGAGUGACUUGCACAUUAAUGCCCUGUGUUAUUCAUUUUUUUCUAUUAAUCUCUGAAAAUGAAGAAUUCUAUUUGAAUAAUCCGAUUUCUCAGCUACUACAUGGAUCCGUCUCAGCCUUCGCCGUCGGACUAAUUUCGCUAUAACAGGACAAAACAGAAAUGAAAAUUGAAAAUGAACAAUUAAUAAGUGCAGCAGUUGUCACUUUUGUGUUUGAUACAAAAUGUCUUAAGGCGGUAAUUUUGUCAAAGUGCAAUUACAGUGUUUACUGAUCCACCUCAGUCCAAAAAAGAGAGGUCUAAGUCACCUUUUUUCCAAACCUUCACAAAAGAAGCCAUUAAUUUCAUUGCAAAGCAAUCGUUUGAAGUUUUUUUUUUCAAUAAAUAAAUGAUCAGUCUCUCCUAAAGGGAUCUAUGGUAUGCUUCAGUGUGUGUUCUCAAUGGAUUAGUUCAUAAAGAUUUUUGGUGAUGUUUAUCUUGAUAGUUGUGGUAAUUAUAUGACAAUAAUUGCAAGUGCCCUCACUCUGGUUGUUACUUUGGAACUAAAAGGCAUAUUUUCUGUGCUGAAUUCAUACAUGUGUACAAGGAGGCAGGUGUUUCUCUGAAUGUGACUAAUGCAGAUUUUUUCUUAUUGUGUAAUGAGCAUUGCGGCACAAGAUAAUUAGUUUUUGAAUGAUGUCAGUUAGGGUGUGUUGGCAUGUUUUUUGUUUUGUUUUGUUGUUUUUUUUUUUUUUAAAAUCAUGGCAAUCUUAAUGCUUUUGUGCAUCAUAUCUGAAACUUGCAGCUAACUGAAGGCAUGCUUUCAUAUUCAUAUUAGGUGUGGUUAUCAUGCUGCUAGAAGACAAACUCCUCCAAAAAGUGGGAGUGAUAUCUAAUUUCAGCUAAAAACUUGACAGAAAAUAUCCAUAUUUGAACCAAAUAGUUCACCGGUUCAUAGUUUUAGCUUGCUUUUUAAUAACUAUUGGCUUUUUAUUGAUCAUCUCACCAAUGUUGCUUCAGUCCGGUUUAUUUAGAGUUCAAAUCCAAGGAUAAAACAGUUUCAUGCAUGUACUUCUUAGAUAGUCUUUUGAUAGUUCAUGUUUGUGUCAAUCACUAUUUUGAAGGAUUGUUUGGGGGAAUGAAGAAAAGAUGGGUUUAAGGGAGUGUGGGGGCGCAGUGGAUGGUCCUUCUCCUGGGGGUUUCAGAGCAAUACAGUGAAGGACUGGAAGUUGCCUAUGGAUGUACUGCCUCCUUCUGCUUUCACAACUAUUGUACAAAUAAAAUCUGCCACUUGUCGAGCCCA